CCCCCUUCCGUCGUCUAUGGCGUGUAAGUUGGUCCCGGCCGUUCCGCGCUGAUUAGUGCGCGCGACAAGACACAUUGGUGUCCAUGGUGGUCGCUCGUCGCUCUUGUCUGCUGACACUGAAGAUAGCGGAAUGCAAAAAGUGCGGCAAGAUCCUAUCCUCCUUCGUCGACCCGCGACAAGCCUUCAGCCCAGAAAAAGUUAUUCCGCCGUCCGUCCUCGCCGGCGCCAAGGGCCUCGCAAUCCUCACAGUCAUUAAAGCCGGCUUCCUCGGGUCGGCUCGUUUCGGCAGCGGGUUGGUAGUGGCGCGGCUGCCGGACGGGUCGUGGAGCGCACCGACGGCCAUCGCAACGGGCGGCGCGGGCUUCGGCGGACAGAUUGGGUUCGAGCUGACGGACUUCGUCUUCAUCCUCAACGACGCGAGCGCCGUCAAGACCUUCUCGCAGGCGGGGUCGCUCACACUCGGCGGCAACGUAUCCAUCGCGGCGGGGCCGGUCGGCCGCAACGCCGAGGCCGCGGGCGCCGCCUCCCUGCGCAGCGUCGCGGGCAUCUUCAGCUACUCCAAAACCAAGGGCCUGUUCGCGGGCGUGUCUCUCGAGGGCUCCGCUAUCAUCGAGCGCAAGGAUGCCAACGCGAAGCUGUACGGGCGGCCGAUCUCGGCGAAGGAGCUGCUUUCCGGCACGGAGCGCCCCCCGCCGCAGGCCGCGCCGCUGCUGAGCAUCCUCAACUCGCGCGCGUUCCGCGGCAUGGCGCCCGCGACGGCCGACGACCGCAUGUACAACGACAUCCCCGUGUACGACGACAACCGCGACAACGUGGUGUGGGGGGACAACAACACGGGGCCCGGGUACCGCGAGGGCGAGCAGCGCGACAGCGGGUACGGCGGCGCCGCCAACGGGCAGGGCCACGACGAGUUCGGGCGCCCUAAGCGCUCGUCCACGUGGCAGGACGACGUCUACGACCAGCAGCCGCGGGCGUUCGGCCAGGCUUCGAGGUCGAGCACCUUCCACGACGGCUACGGGGCCGGGGCCGGGGCCGGGGCGGGGGUCACUGGUGCGGCGGAGAAGAAGGUGGGCCCCGGCCGGCCGGCGGCGCCGAAGCCGAAUUAUGCCAGCAAGGAGGCCUUGCUGAAGAAGAACGAGGCGGUCGCGCUGUUUACGUUCGAGGCGGACCAGCCGGGCGACCUGGCGUUUAAGAAGGGGGAUGUCAUCACCGUGCUGAAGAAGACGGAGAGUGAUAACGACUGGUGGACGGGCAUGAUCGGGACGAAGCACGGGAUAUUCCCUAGCAACUACGUGAAGAUGAAGGAGUGAUGCGGGGAGGCCAUGUUGACAACACAUCUGGUGACAAGCAAGAGGGCGUAAGGGCCGGAGAUGGCACUUGGGUGACAGAGGAACUUUGGGCACGGACUAAGAUAUCGCUUAGAGGGGCCUCAGAGGCAUGGCACAUCUUCCCAUACGGAUGGCGAGAAUGAUUUUGGGACGAAGAGAUGGUUUCGGUACUGGCUUUGCGGUUGGAUGUUUCCCCCAUUCCCGGUAUGGCGUCGGGCGAGACAAGGAGUUUUCGUUAGUUUUUACCAAGGGCAAUCUGAGUUUAUUUGCUAUAGGCAGGCGAAGUACGUGAUGUUAAAUCCAGAGAUGAUGCUAGAUUAUGGGACUAUCUUACUAUUCCUACGCCGUACGGCAGCAGACCGAAUCCUGGUCCCUCCUGCGGGUGCGCGGCAUCCAUCCAAACUUCCCUGAGAUCCUGG